GGCACCAGUAAGUUGGACGUGCGCUGUGUCUUCAUCGUCAGAUCCAAAACACCAGAAGUGUUGCAAUGGAGUGUAUCGGAAAACCGCCGCACAUCCUCUUAUUAUGUCCGUUAAUCGUGGCUGUGGCGUGCGCGCAAAGUAUCAGAGACCCGAGCAAUAUGUCAGUGGUCAAAGACACCGUGGACAGGCUCAUGAAAGGAUACGACAUUCGGCUGAGGCCAGAUUUUGGAGGAGCUCCGGUGGCGGUGGGAAUGAAUAUAGACAUAGCCAGCAUAGACAUGGUCUCCGAAGUAAACAUGGACUACACCCUGACCAUGUAUUUCCAGCAAGCAUGGCGAGACAAACGUUUGUCUUACUCUGAGAUCCCCCUCAAUUUGACCUUGGAUAACCGCGUGGCGGACCAGCUGUGGGUACCUGACACUUACUUCCUCAACGACAAGAAAUCCUUCGUUCACGGAGUCACAGUCAAGAACCGCAUGAUACGGCUGCACCCAGACGGCACCGUGCUGUACGGAUUAAGGAUCACCACCACGGCUGCCUGUAUGAUGGACCUGAGGCGAUAUCCGCUGGACGAGCAGAACUGCACGUUGGAGAUCGAGAGCUAUGGCUACACCACAGAUGAUAUUGAGUUCUACUGGCGAGGGGGAGAUGGAGCCGUUACGGGAGUGGAGAGGAUAGAACUGCCCCAGUUCUCCAUCGUGGACUACAAACUCAUCUCCAAGAACGUGGUCUUUUCUACAGGUUCCUAUCCACGUCUGUCCCUCAGUUUUAAACUGAAGAGGAACAUUGGUUACUUCAUCCUGCAGACCUACAUGCCCUCCAUCCUGAUCACCAUCCUAUCCUGGGUGUCUUUUUGGAUCAACUACGAUGCUUCUGCUGCCCGUGUGGCUUUAGGUAUCACCACUGUGCUGACUAUGACCACCAUUAACACACACUUGAGAGAGACCCUUCCCAAGAUCCCCUAUGUGAAAGCCAUAGACAUGUACCUGAUGGGCUGCUUUGUCUUUGUUUUCCUCGCCCUGCUGGAGUACGCCUUCGUCAAUUAUAUCUUCUUCGGCAGAGGCCCUCAGCGGCAGAAGAAGGCGGCGGAAAAAGCCGCCAUGGCGAACAAUGAGAAACUCAGACCAGACCCCAACAAGUGGUUGGUGGGAAGUGUAGUUCAGAGAGACGAUGCUCUCUAUGCCAGAAUGAAACAGAGGGAAAUUGACGGGUAUGACUCGAUGUGGGAUCCGAUCUUUACGGAGGAUGCAGCAUUAGGACUAGGCGAUCAAAGACUUAAGAUGACCCCCGAUGAUAUCCGACUGACCACAGUGGAGAUGAAGAAUGAAAUGGGACCUUCCGAUCUGUCCAGGGGGCUGGGUGACCCGCGCAGCACCAUGCUAGCCUACGACAGCUCCACCCUUCAGUACCGCCGAGCGGCGAUGGCUCGGCAAAACUACGGGCACGGCGCCCUGGAGCGCCACGCCACUCAGAAGAAAAGCAGGCUCAGGAGACGGGCUUCCCAGCUUAAGGUGAACAUCCCAGACCUGUCUGAUGUCAACUCCAUCGACAAGUGGUCGAGAAUGAUCUUCCCCACCGUCUUUUCCUUUUUCAACGUAGUUUACUGGCUUUACUACGUCCAUUAAGCAAAUCAGAAGAGAGGGAUGGACUCGAAAAGAAACGACAAAGAAAAUGAAAAAAGAAAAUAAAACAGUACACCCUUUUUUGCUGAUUUAUUUCAAAUAUAUAGAAGAAAGACUAAGGCAAGACUGUCAAGGGAGAAAAAAAAUCAGGAUGGACUUUUUUUUUGUUCUAAGAACAUAAGCAUUGAGGAAUACAUCAACAUCAGAGGAACUGGAGAAAAAAGGCUUGUUCCAGCGAUUCAAUAUAUCACUUGUCAUAUGUAGAUUACUCUGUGGAUCAAAUAUUUAUGCUUGUAUUUGCAUAUAUUUUAAGGAUUUGAUUUUUUUCUGCUUAGUAUGUUUACUUCGUAGCCAACUGCAUCCAAGAAAGCUUUACAAGUUAUUUUAAAAGGAGUCAAAAGAGUCGGUCAUGAAAGUCUAUUUUCCUAUAUUUAAGCUGUAUAUCAGAUAUCUUUUAAAAGCAUGCUUUGAUUUGUUUUAUUUAUCUCUUGCAGAGAGCUGGAGCACAAUGCAUUUUAAUUUGUCAAUUUACUAGUUCUUCUGUUCUUUAAAACAAAUUUGCUGAACGCAAUGCAAAGGCACUGACAGGAAGCCAUACAGGGUAUUUUCACAACAGGUCCUUUUAAUACUGUUUUUUUUAUUUGUAUUUUUAUUUUUAUUUUGGGCCAGAAAAGAAACUCAGCCCUGUUAACACAGAGGCUUUAUCUGAUACAGGGAAUUAAAUGGAAAUAUUCACAGACUGGGCCAUGACAAAGGACAUAUGACAUGGUGAAUGGCAAGGACAGAUGGACAUGGACCAUUACCCUGGUGGUUGGACAAACUGUCCUCUCUGACUGUGUCAAAAGUACUUAGGCCAUGUAAAUGCUAAACAGUCCACAUCUCUACACUGUAUAAACAUUGUGUGGUGAGCAGCUAUGCGGGAAAAUGGCUGUUUAACAUCUCUCAAGUGUUUUUUCACACGUAGGUGUAUUGAACCUCAACAACGAAAGACGCAAUAUAUCUGUAAUACAUUAACACUAUCAAUAGAUAUAAGUUGAAAACUAGUAGCUGAUAUUACAUCAUGGUAAAAAAGAAACAUUUCUGAGUCAAUAGUUAUAAUAUCAGAUGUUCUUGUUAUGGUUCAUUAUUUAAAUGUAUUUUUUGGUGUAUUUCUUAAUGUUGAAGACUUUGGUUGAAAAAAAAAUCUUGCUUCUGAAAAAUUGGGCAAAUGAUCAGAAUGUUUUUAAAAGGCCUCAAAGUGCACCAGUUAAAGCAAGAAGCAAAUCAUUUACUACUCUGAAAUUUAUGGUAUCGCUUAAGUUCACUAACAAUAUGUGAUGGGAUCUGGAUCAUACAAUCAAGGCAUCCGUCAGGCAAUUUUGUAUAAAAUCCUGUAAAUUAUAAUGAUAUUUCAUAAUGACAUGUAAAUAUAUAUAUUGUGUAAUGACUGUCAACAAUAAUGAAAAUGUAUCUAAAUUAAAUUAUUAAAGCUUAAUGAAGCUUACAUCUCUUAUAAGAUUAUCUUACAUAAUUUUCUUUAAAGUUUUGUGUUUUUGAAUUGUCUGCCUCAGUCAGAAAGGCUACUGGUUAUAGUUUAACUUACUGGUUUUAUUUGAAACGGAGUACUACUUUAAAACUUACUCAAAACAGAAAGCACCGUCUUGGUGAAAUAGCAGACACAUUGUUCACAUGACCUCAUCACGUUACAUGUGAGUGGCUCGAUCAUGUUGGAAAUAUAUGUUUUUUGUUAAUUUUUAGUUCAUUUGUUUGUGCCUUCAUUUUUGGCAGUCCGAUCAAAUGUUGAGUCAAAAAAGAGCAUAGUAUUGCAGGAUACAUUAUUCCAUGCAGCGUGCUUCGUUAAAUAGCAACUUUUGGAGAGGUCAUCUAGGUAUUCUAUGCCUACAGAAAAUCCACAUUCUGACACAUAAUAAAUAGCAUAUAUAGCAUAUAGCAUCAUAUAAAUGCUGUAUACUGCACAAAUAGAUAAAGUAGUGUCUUAGUCAAGUCAUUUUUAUUUGUGUAGUGAUUUUCACAACACACAUCGUUUCAAAGCAGCUUUACAGAAAAUCAAGCUUCAGAAAAUGAAACUGUAAUGUCUACAAAGAGUGAUUAUUGUGUAGUUUGAUUAAAUAUGAUUGUAAAUUGUGUAUAAAAAUAAAUAAUUAAAUAGUUAAUUAAUAAUUGUAUUUAGAACCCCAGUGACCAAGCUGAAGGCAAAUGUGGCAAGGUACACAAAUCUUCUUAAGAUUUUGGUUAAUGGAGAAAAAUAACCUUGGGAAAAACCAGGAUCACUGUGGGGACCAGUUCCCCUCUGGCUAACCAGCAUGAACAUAAUGCCAAUAUUAGUUGUUUGUGUGCAGUGCAAGUCAUGGUUUAAAAUUUGUAAACUUUGUAAAGUUUGAGGGUCAGAGUUUGAACAAAGAUUUUUUAUGAACUGUAAGAUUAAUGACUAAUUUCUUUGAAAUCCAUCCUGGAUUAACUGCAGAAGUUCACAUAGAUGCAUUGACCUUUGUUAGUUGGCUUAUGAAGUCUUUUGUUUGCAAUUAAUUGAUUGUCCAUAUAUUCUAUUCCAAG